AAUGAACACUACAGAAACCGUAAAAGUUAAGUCGGAUAAGGACUCUUCUACAGUGUCUAUGUCAGGAAGUGUGGCGCAUGGGAAUGCAAACAGUGGGGGUGGAGAGAGUUCGGGAGGGCUGAGAGAGAUGUGUAAAUAAGCACUCGAAGAUGAUUUUUAAGAGUUAUGAAGCGCAGAUAAGCUCAAACGAGACAUAUAAAUUUAAGAAGGCUUUGAUAAAAAGCUCGUAUAAAAAGAAGAAGGGUACUCCUGAAGAGCAACAGAAGCACUACCUCCAAAUCUUAUACUCAAUCAAAGACCUUAAAGACACAAUUGAGAGGGAUCAAAACAAAAGCAGUCUCAAAAAGAAAAGAGAAACCAAAAAGAACCCUCCAACACCUAAAAGGAAAGUAAAGGAAGUACAUAAGGAAGAGUUCAAGAUCGAAGAUCUCUCUUCAAGUCUUGAUACCAAAAAUAAAACUAAUACACAACAUAAAACGAAAGAAAUUAAGCAGAAAGAACUCAAAAGCUCAUCCAAAAGUGUUCGGUUCGAAGUUCAACAGGAGAGUUUAGAAUCGAAGGAGGAUCAGUCUGAUAGCCAAGAAAAGAAAGUAUCAAGGAAAUCCCAUAAAAGAGUUAAGGUAGAUGAAAAAGAAGAGGUAAAUCCUAACGAGCCUGUUGAAGAACGUAAAUGGAAUGACGGCAAACAUAGGAAAAUGAAGAACGGAGCAUUCACAGAAACAGAAGUCAUUAUUCUUAGAAAAGCAAUCUGUGAAUACGGACUCGAAAAUAACUUCUCACAAGAAGAUAUCAGAAAUCUAGUAAAUGAGAGUUCUAAAGAGAAAGGAUACUCUAGAGCUUGGGUCGAAAUUGCUAAAUCUCUACCCAAUAGAACUGUUUAUGCAUGUCAGAAGGCAGCUAAAAGGAAAUUUAGUAGUAACAACUAUAAAGGAAAAUGGAAUGAUGAAGAAGAAAUGCAUCUUGUAGAGCUUGCCAAAACAUUAGGAAAUUCAUGGACUAAGAUUGCAGAAGAGCUGAAUAGAACAGCUGAGAAUUGAAGAGACAAGUUUAGAGAACUUGGCGGUCUCUCCUCAGAGAAGAGAAAGAAAGGAAAAUGGAACUUUGAAGAAAAGCUAGAACUUAUAAAAAUUAUAGACUCAAUUACAAACGUUAGUUUUCUUAAAAGAGUCGGAUCCUGAAGGUUUAAACAAGCUGAAGAGAUGAAGGAAGGGGAACUAACCGAAAAGGAAGAAAGACUCCUCGAAAAAGGAUUCAAGAAGAAGAAAGACGGAAUUUUGUUCUAUAGAGAAUUUGAGUUGAGAGAUAUUGCAGAUCUUUUAAUCACCAAACCUGAAGAUGUCCCACUGAGUAACCUCCCAUGGGCAGAUAUUAGCAAAGAAAUCAAAAAGUCAAAGAUAGUUGGAGAGGAAUCUGGGUCCAUUAGAUCUUAUGAUGAUUGUAAAAAUGAGUGGAAGAAUGUGAUUUAUCCAGUUCUAUCUCAGACAUCUUGUAAGGAUAAGAGAGCAGAUAUUAAACUACUCACUCAUAUCAUUGAUUGAGAGUACGAUUCAGAUGUAGAAAUAGACUUUUCGAUUAUCGAAAAUGACCGUGACGAAAAACAUAACAAAACAAGAUGGGAUAUUCUGCUCAAGAAUUUGGGAAAUUCUAAAAUCCCUAAAACCACCACUGAAAAGGCUGAAAAACUGUUAGAAAUUAUAAAAAACAGAAAAAGAGUAACCCCAAAGCCUAAAGAGAGCAAAAAGCCAGUCCACCAACAGAUUGAAAUCGGUAAAUUUUAUGCUGAAUUCUACUAACUCAACA